GACCCCUUCAAAAUUCAAAAAACACACACACAAGCUUUUGAACGUAAAGGAAACGAAAAUGGGUUCUUCAACUUCAACCUCACCACUUUCUUUGAAGAUUGUAUUAAUCUCCACCGGCGUUUUAUCCGCAGCGACGGCGAUGAAGCUCUACUUCCCGUUGGUGUUAAACUUUGCAGUUUACGACGUACCGGUUAUCUGGUCCGUUAUACUCUCCUGGCUCACACCACCUUAUCUAUACGUCGUCGUUAACGGCAUCAUCAUCACCAUCGUUGCUUCUUCACGUUUCCAGCUCCACUACAACCAUCACCGUCAUGAUGAUCACAUCGAAACGACCGAUGAUCUGCCGUCAGAAUCACCGCCGUUGUUGAUUCAACCGGUGGCGUAUGAGAUUGAAACUCCGGCGGUGGUUUACGAGACGGAAGAUAGGGAAACUGAGGGGAGUCUCGUGGUUUAUGAGGUUGAACCGCCGGCUAUUGAUAUUGAAACAGUUCCGGUGAACGAUUUAGAUGAAGCUGAAGAUAAAUUUGUGAUAUCAAAAGCGAAGCUUCAAUCAGAUCUCAGUUUUCCGGUGAGAGAGAUGCCGUUAGUUAGUUCCAGAUUUGCUCACCAGCGGAGACUCUCGAAAGCUAACCCCGAAGGUGUGAAAUCGCUAAGAGUAUCGAAGCCGCGUAAACACGAAACAUUAGAGAGCACGUGGAAGAUGAUAACCGACGGUCGUCACAUUCCCUUGAACAGACAUCUCCGGAAGUCCGAUGCUUUCGAGAAUCACCACCACAACCACCACGCGCCACCGUCGGAUGCGUACGACGGCGAGCAAGUGGCAGAUUACACUGUCAUGGACAAAUUGGAAACAUCCCAUGACCGCCAGAACCACCGUGUUGUGUCAUCGAGAAAUCAGUUGCCGCCAUCUGGCGGGAAGCUGAGGAAAGAGGGGUCGCUGAGUCAUGAUGAGUUGAAUCGGCGAGUUGAAGCGUUCAUAAAGAAGUUUAACGAUGAGAUGAGGUUACAAAGACAAGAGUCGUUACAACGAUACAUGGACAUGAUUAACCGAGGGGCUGAAUAGGAACAAAAACACAAAAAUGUAAAAAAGAUUUUUCUAGAAAAGUUUGUUGUUUAUAUUUUAGUUGAAAAAAAAAACAAAAUAUAUUUUUUAUUUCGAUUGACUUGUCAUUUUCUGUAUAAAGUGUUGAUAAAGGUUAUAUAUUAUUUUAAAUUAAAGUGUAUUAUUAUA